GGGAAUUAAAUCAAAAGAGCCUUCGCGCUGCAGCCCGCGACGCCUCCGCCUCCGUCUCCGUCGCCACCACCGCCUCCGCCUCCAAAACCCUAACCCUAGCUCGCCGCCUUCGCGCGAGCUCUCCUCCAUGGAGAACCCCAGGCCACAGGCUCCUGCGGGGACCCCUCCCAUGGCUCCCCUCCCCGUGCCCCCGCCCAUCGCCCCCAUCCCUGCCCCGCCUCCGCGAGCCCCAGCACCCGCCCCGGCCGCCGCCGCCGCCGUCGCCUCGACCUCCGCGGCGGGAGGAGGCGGCGGGGGCGGCGGUGAGGCUGACUACGAGGUCUCCGAUGACCACCGCGCCGCGCGGGAGCGCCACGAGCGCGCGGUGCAGGAGCUGCUCCAGCGCCGCCGCGCCUUCGCCAUGGCCGUGCCCACCAACGACUCCGCCGUGCGGGCGCGCCUCCGCCGCCUCGGCGAGCCCGUCACGCUCUUCGGCGAGCGCGAGAUGGAGCGCCGGGACCGCCUCCGCGCUCUCAUGGUCCGCCUCGAGGCCGACGGCCACCUCGACCGCCUCCUCCGCGCGCAGGAGGAGGAGCAGGGCGCCGCGGGCGCCGAAGAGGAGGAGGAGCAGAUCCAGUACCCCUUCUUCACCGAGGGCACGCAGGAGCUUCUCAAGGCGCGCGUCGACAUCGCGCAGUACUCGCUGCCCCGAGCCAAGGCCAGGAUAGAGCGGGCCAAGCGCUGCCAUGACGACCCCGACGAGGACCCUGAGGCAGAGGCCAACCUUGUCGUUAAGCAGGCGGAGGAUUUCGUGCUUGAGUGCAGCGAGAUUGGAGAUGACCGCCCCCUCACCGGCUGCUCCUUCUCUCGAGAUUUUUCAAUGCUCGCUACAAGUUCAUGGAGUGGGAUGAUCAAAGUGUGGAGUAUGCCACAAGUAACUAAAAUUGCAACUCUGAAAGGUCACACAGAACGUGCAACUGAUGUUGCGUUUUCACCAGUUGACGACUGCUUAGCAACAGCUUCAGCUGAUAAAACUGCCAAACUAUGGAAGACCGAUGGGUCACUCUUAUUGUCCUUUGAUGGUCACCUCGAUCGGCUUGCUCGCCUUGCUUUUCAUCCAUCUGGAGGGUACCUUGCUACAGCUAGCUUUGACAAAACCUGGAGAUUGUGGGACGUUAGCACUGGAAAGGAACUUCUACUCCAAGAAGGGCACAGCAGAAGUGUCUAUGGAGUUAGCUUUCACCCAGAUGGUUCUUUAGCUGCAUCUUGUGGUCUUGAUGCGUAUGCUCGAGUUUGGGAUUUAAGAUCAGGAAGAUUGUGGGGCACACUCAUGGGACAUGUGAAGCCUGUCUUAGGAGUGAGCUUCUCCCCUAAUGGUUAUCUGGUUGCAACUGGAAGUGAAGACAAUUUCUGUCGAAUAUGGGAUUUGAGGACUAAAAGAAUGUUAUAUUCUAUACCAGCACAUAAGAGUCUUAUCUCACAUGUCAAGUUUGAACCCCAGGAAGGCUAUUAUUUGGCAACUUCGUCCUAUGACACCAAAGCAGCACUGUGGUCAGCUCGUGAUUACAAACCAAUCAAGAGUUUGGUGGCCCAUGAGUCAAAGGUUACUAGUUUGGAUAUUAGUGGAGAUGGACAGCAGAUUGUGACUGUGUCACAUGAUAGAACGAUCAAGAUUUGGUCCUGCAGAAGCAGGGCACAAGAUAAUGCCAUGGAGCUGGACUGAGGCACUGAAUUAACUUGUUAGAAGUUGUCAGCAUCUACAUGAAGCCAUCUUGUAGUUGUAGCACCUCAUAGCCCUUAGCCUGUGAAAUGUUUCAUAUGUAACUCUUCUACUUGACGUUGUAGAAAAUUUACGAUCGAACGGCUUAGGGGCGAUUACCCCUGUCCUGGGUUUGCAUCCCUGGUUUUGAAGUUACAAUGGCAUGGAUCUAAUUAACCCUAGUUUUUUUUUA